CGGACCGGCAAGGUACAACCUUGAGACGGAACUUCUUGUUGGCCAACGUCGACCUCCUUUACAAGACACGUGUUGUGGCCUUGCAAGGGACGCUGGGACCGCUAUCUGUCUCAGUCGCCAGCCUUCUCCUCGCUGCCUUCCGCACCGUCGUUGUUUCCUUCCUCCCGACCGUUCGCCCGCCGACGGCGACACCAUCGCCUGUGACCGACCCAGUGCAGCUAUUCCAAGUGCGGCGCAAAGCAAGGCAGGUCUAUCUUCUUUGCUCUCUCACCACACAAGCAACUGCCUUCUCCUCACCCGCUCGCUCGUCACCGCCCGCUUGCUACAAGGGGACUUGCGGCUGCUGCGAACAACUGGGCCGAGCAACAGCACCCGCACUCUGCUCACACGCACACCCGCACGCCCGCACACCCGCGAGGAACGCACAGCUGGUCAACUAGGUAAUCUCCUGACAGUGCUUGCGCAGCCAUGUCAUCUGGAUCGCGGAGAAAGGAAGUGGUCUUGCCUGGACGUGAUACCUCGUACACAUUGCUCAAGACCAUCGGCAAGGGCCAGUAUGGCAAGGUCAAGCUAGCAAUUGACAAGAACUCGGGCCGCAAGGUGGCGGUCAAGAUUUUCACCAAGAAGGAGCUGACGUCCAAAGAGAAGAUCAUGUUUGAGCGCGAGCUGCGGAUCCACGAGAUGAUGGACCACCCGCACAUCUGCAAGGUCUAUGAGAUCAUCAAGGUUCGUGGCAAGGGCACUUUUGUCGUCACCGAGUACUGCGAGAACGGCGAGCUCUUCCAGCACCUGCUCACGCACGGCCGGGUCCGGGAAGCCGAGGCCCGCCGCUUCUUCCGCCAGCUCAUCUCGGCCGUCGAGUACGUCCACACUGCCGGCUUUGUCCACCGCGAUCUCAAGCUCGAGAACAUUCUGCUCGACGAGAAUUUUAAUGUCAAGCUCGUCGACUUUGGCUUUGCUCGCGGCUACUGUCCCGUGCAGUACGUGCAGACCUCGUGCGGCUCGCCGCACUAUGCUGCGCCUGAAAUCCUGCUCGGCGAAAAGUACCACGGACCCGAGGUCGACAUCUGGUCGCUCGGCAUCAUUCUCUAUGCGCUUGCUGUUGGCGCCAUGCCGUACCGCGAGAACAACGCGUCGGAACUCCGCGGCGCCUUCCGCGAGGGCAAGCGCUUCCGCAACUCGUCCAAGCUCACGGCCGAAUCGUUUGCGCUCCUGGACCGGAUGCUCACCCUCGAACGCCGCGAUCGCGCCACCCUCUCCUACGUCCGCUCCUCCGCGUGGGUUCUCCUCGACUCUGGCCCGCUGCCGCCGGUCAAGCCGUUUGUCUUUGACCCGACCAUCGACGCCCUCGCCCCGUCAUUCCCACAGUUCCACGACUACGCUGUCUCGGAGCUCAAGGCCAUGGGCUUUAUCAUCACUCCAGACGUCGAGCCGGCGGCGCACAUCAAGACCCUCUACCACAAGAUCUUCCACCGUCGCGCCCACGACAACGACGAGUAUCUCGAGCUCCGCGCCCGCUUCGAGUCAACCGGCCAAGUCGAAGGCGAGUCGCUCGUCCCGGCUCUCUCCUCGUCAUGCCUCUUCCCCUCGGAUUCAAAGCACGCGCUCGGCGGCGCUAGCUCGGACGACGACGCUCCAGACUCGGCCCGCAGGUCGCGCAAGGACAAGGACAAGGACAAAUCCAAGGCCAAGUACAAGGACAAGGGCAAGGGCAAGGGCAAGGGCAAGAGCAAGGGCAAGGCCAAGGCCAAGGACAAGGACAAGGCCAAGGACAAGGCCAAGGACAAAGACAAGGACAAGGACAAGGCCAAGGACAGAGCGCCGCAGACGCCGCGGACAGCGCGCAAGGAAAAGGAGAAAGACAGGCUGCGGCGCGACGCAAGUGCCACGUCGCGGACACCACGAACGCCACGGACACCGCGGUCGCGGCGGUCGUCACGCAACUCGCUUGACUCGAGCUGCGCCUCACCGCGUGGACUCUCGCUCUCGCCGCGACCAGACCGGUCAGUAUCAUCGUCGCCGCAGCGAUCGCUUUCGCGCAUGGGAAGGCCGCGGGUUGAGCCGUUCCCAGCCCUGGUUGAAGGAACCGAGAUGGAGAUUUCACAUCUGUCGAGGUUUGGUGCGUCCGGCCAUGACUCGCCGCGCGGACUCCCAUCGGUUCCAGCUGGCUCGGUGACGUACCGCUCGUCACGUGGUGGUUCUGAGUCUGGCGCUGGUUCGUCGUCGACCGAGUACGUGCUUGCCGAGGAGCUCAAGCCCAUGCACGGCGUGUACGUCACCGACAUCUCGUCGCUCGACGAGUCGUCGCUCGACGGCUCACACUUGGACUAUCCACGUGACUUUUCGUCGCCGGACGCGCCACGGCUCUCCAAUGCACCGGCGUUCUCGGCCGGCGUUGGCUUUGGCACUGCCGACAUUGCGUCGGGCGCCGGCAGCCGCUUUGCGUCGCCGGCGCUCUCUGCCCGGUCGUCACGCGCAUCGGACACGCGGACAACGUCACCGCUGCCGCCAGUCAACGACCCGCGCGGCCGCGGUCGGCGCCGGCGCACCUCGCUCUCGCUCGGCGGCGACAUCAAGAUGGCCGGCGACCGGCUGGCGGUCUCGGCCCAGCAGCUGACCGACAUGCUUGCGGCGUCGCGUGGCGGCGUCGCGGGCGGCCAGGCGGCCGUUGCGGCGGGCGGUGCGCCAGCAUCGUCCAAGCCGGCGCCGCUUGUUGUUGACCCGUCGGUCAACGUCCGCGGUGUGCGGCGCCGCAUCUCCGUUGCUGUCCCCGACUCGCAUGCCGACUCGACACUUGCGCAGUAUGACCAGGACCUUGCCAACCGCCAAUCCCGCGGAGCUGGCGCGUCGAGCUCGGGCGCCGGCGCCGCGUCGUCAUCGACGCCCGCCAAGCGACCGCCGCGCACCGUCCGCGUCACCUUUGCCUCGCGCAAUGUCUCGUCGCGCGACGCCGACGUUCUCCUCCUUGAGGUACAGGCCGCGCUCUUCUCACGCUCCAUCCAGUUUAUCGAGCGUGAUUACCUCAUGCGCUGUACCGCCGGCGACAUCACCUUUGAGGUCGAAAUCCUCCGCCUCCCGCGCCUUGAGUUGCACUGCAUCAACUUUAAGCGCAUCUCGGGUGAGUCGUGGCUUUACCAGAAGCUCUACCACUCGCUCCUGGCCUCCAUCCGCAUGUAAAGCGCUUGCCUCCGUUUUGCCUCUUGCCGACAGGCCACUCAGGCAAGCUGCCGUGGCUGCAGCUCUUGGCCAACGCCUCCCGCUGCUCCCGACAGCAGUUUGGCCCGC